CCUUCACCCCGUUCACACACAGUGGAGUUUAUUCUCCGCUUGUUGAAUGUUUGUACAUCUAAGUUUUUGAAUAAUCCUUUCUGUUAUUUGAACUGCCAGGCAUUUACUUAAACUGGGAUUAUUGAUUUGGAACUUGAGUGUUAAAGAAUUUAAAACACAACCCAACCUCCUGACAUCUUUUAAUAUUUACACAAUUUCUCCUGGAUACAAAGUAAGGGCUGGGAGUGAAAUCAAGCGCAUUUCUGAGGAAACGAAACUGAAACUAAUGUCGUAGUUUCGAUUUCUCAAAUCCAGCUUUCAUUGAAAUCUGGUAUAAAAAUGAAACGGGCUGAAAAUUGAAUUGGUAAAACUCACUGAGCAUUAGGACCCAGCAGAAUCCUCUAAUUUGCUAUAUAUUCCGUGGUUCAGUCACUACGAAGCUACUCCUCCUGAGUCCAGCUUGUGUUUGUCUUUCGGUAAUUCCAGGAUCUAUCCAGGAAAAUCGUUGUGCUCCAGCUGUUACUAGAACCUGCAUUUCUUUCAUUAUUCACCCUCGAAAAUCAAGGAAAUAUGCUUCAUCUGAUUUACAGCGCAUUGAUCUUGUCUGCUUCUUUCAACAGAGUUUCAAGCUCAUCAUCAGAUGAGACAGAUUGGUCAACGGCUGCCUGGAUUGCAGGAGGAGCGGUUGCUGCAUUAGUUGCUGCCCCUGUUGCUGUUGCUGCAGCUGGAUUUACUGGUGCUGGAAUAGCAGCUGGAUCCUUCGGAGCACAGAUGAUGUCUGCGGCAGCACUCGCUAAUGGAGGAGGUGUAGCAGCAGGCGGCAUUGUAGCAACUCUCCAGUCUCUUGGAGCUGCUGGAAUCUCUACUGCUGGUGCUGCUGUCAUAGGAAGUGUCGGUGGCUUGGGUGGUUAUGUAGCAAAAGCAGUUUUUCAGGGUUCUGAAGAUGAGCCCUAAAGCCCAUGAGCUGUUUUAAAGUAGAUACUUAGAAGGAAUUAGUGAGGAUUUAUCUAUUAGAUGAAGGACUGAAAUAAUCAUAUACUAUAAGAAGAUAAUAAGCAAUGAAGUAUUUUCUGCUAUUUUCUGCUGACUAUAAAUUAAUAACUUUGAAAUACUUUUAAUUUUAGUAUGGAUGUUUCUAUUCUCUUUCUGCUAUUUUGAUGCCCUGUUAGCUAUUUCUCAAUUAGAAGUGGAUUAAAAAACCUUCAGAUGUUGUCGUUCUGCAGCUGGUCAUAGAGUAAAUGAAAACAUUCAGAUUGCUGACUACAUUAAAUAGAAAUGACAAGUGUCUGUGAUGCUGAAAGUGUCAUGCUGAAUGUAAUACCAGUGCCACUGCAGUUCACUGCAAGAAUGAACUUUGUCUGUCUGGAGUAAGGGUAGGGCUUAUGCCCGAAACGUCGAUUCUCCUGCUCCUCGGAUGCUGCUUGGCCUGCUGUGUUUUUCCAGCACCACAUUUUUCGACUCUGGUCUCCAGCAUCUGCAGUCCUCACUUUCUCCUAGGGUAUUUUAAGGUUAUCUUCAAAAUGUCACAAGAUCCAUCUGUCGCAAUGUCUCCUCUUAUGUAUCAAAUGAGGUCUGACCAUGCUCUUGUAAAGCCAUUUGGGAUGGUUUGUUACAUUAAAGGUGUUAUAAAAAUA